UGCAGUGCAUCAGGAACACCGGAAGGAAGCGGGAAUGGCUGUUACGGUUUGAACUACGUGAAAAGGAGACAUUGUAGGUAAAGUACCAGCCCUGCAUACAGCGAGGGUACUGGGUUGACUGCUAAACUUUUAGUUGUCAGUCUUAACGUGGCACUAGGAUUUUCAAGGAAUUUGAGCACUAUUCUCUACUUGUUGCAGCUGACGUAUGUGUGACGUCACUUGAAUAAUCAUGAGUGACGACAGUGAAUAUCGAGUUCGGUUGGUUGUCUUAGGAGGCGGUGGGGUUGGUAAGUCUGCUAUUGUUAAGAGAUUUUUAUCUAAUACAUUUUGUGAGAAACAUAGACCCACGGUUGAGGACCUUCAUUACAAGGAGUUUGACUUUGGAACUAUGACCUUGAAAGUAGACUUGCUGGACACGGCAGGAGAUCUUCAGUUUCCUGCGAUGAGACGGUUGUCCAUCGCUAAUGCCCAAGCAUUCCUCAUUGUUUACAGUAUUGAUAAUUUAUCUUCUGUUGGUAUUAUGAAACAAUGUUUUGAAGAGAUUCGCGAGCAACGGGCAGACUUUCAAGAGAUUCCUGUGAUAUUUGUAGGAAAUAAAUCUGAUCUGUCACCAGAAAAACGUGAAGUUCCCAAAGAGGACGUUGCCGAGUGGAUCUUCUGUGAUCUUCCUCGACUUAGAACCAAAUUGAUGGAGUGUUCUGCUAAAGACAACGUAAACAUCAAAGAGUUAUUCAAAGGAUUUCUUCAUUUGGCCAAAAUCCCACUUCUUACAGAAACUGGACUGCGACGUCGUUCCAGCGCUCAUAUUCCAGGAGGAAAAUCUAAGCUACUGAAUACUCUUAGUCCACAUGUUGAAAUGCCAGAAGGCGCUGAAGGUCAGCGAUCAAAACCACGCAGUCGUAGCCUGAUACGCCGUUCUAGCAAGAAAACGUCUUCAAAAUUGAAAGACAACCCUUCUAGUGAACCUGAUGACUGUACAGUGUCUUAAAAGUUUUAAUGUUUAUGCUAAGAUGUAGAGUCUCAAAACCAAUAUACAUCGCUCAAUAAAGUUCGAUGAAACAUUUACGUAUUUCAAUUCAGAACCAGAUACUUUAGAAUUAUGUUCUCUUAUUUAAAAAAAAUUGUAACGUCUUACGAUAGGUAAUUUUCAAAAAUUAAAACAAGGCAUAUUGUAUCGUUGCCUUUUACAUUUAUAUAAAAUAUCCUGUGAUUGUUUUAAUUUUAUUUCUUCACAAGUCCUUAAAACAGUGAUUCAAAAAAUAUGAAGAUUCCAUACGGAAUUGAAACAAAAUAAUAAUAAUCAAGUUAUUUGUCUGUUCGUUUUCGUUAUCUAAGUUUGGAUUAUUAUUAAUAAACUAAUGCUUAACUUAUAUUCUUUCUAACAAAUUGAAAACCUAAUAUUUGUUUGUAACAUGAGCUAUUUGUUGCAGCCAAAAGGAAGGAUAAAAUGUAUAAAUACUCCUCUUUAAACUAGGGAGGGGAUUCUUUUAUUCGAUAACCCCCACUUUUCUUAACGUUUUGCUGUUUCGGAUAUGCCUACGAUCUUCCCAUAAUGAAUAAUAGGCUUAGAUUGAUAUUACUCAAAAUGUAUUUUAAAAAACACUUUGUAAUAAAUAUGAUUAAUUUUGACAAAUCCAUUAAGUGUUUUAGAGAAAUUUUUAGAUUAUAGGUAUACUUGAAUCUUCUCAUUUAAUCUUGGGCAUAUCAUCAAUGUCCUUCCCUCGCGGUUGAGCGUGGCCCAUGGUUAGCGUACUAAACUGUGAAUCCGAAGCUCUAUGGUUGGCGCCCUGUUACCACACACACACAAAUAAAAUAAAUCGCGCUCGGCACUUUGGAGUCGUAGAUGCGUUAUAAAGGUGAAAGUCAAAUUGCACUAUUAUCCGAGUAGAGUAGCACGUAUUUACUCUGCACUGAACUCUUUAACAAACUAGUCCAAACACCACCCAUGUCAAUCACGUAUGAAAAAUGAAGUUAUGAUGUGUAAUGCCUAAACUAAUGAAACAUUGCCCUUAUAAGGAUAACAAAUGUAGUAAAAUAUCAUUGUAAGACUAAUCUUGCUUUUGAGUUUCUUUUUUCUUAACUUGCCCAUUAGGGAUAACAACGUGCAAUGCCAUAUCAGCUACAUUUGGUUCUCUAGUAAGUUGCUGUUAGUAAAGCUCAAUACCAUAGCAUAUCAGAUCAGUAGAAUUACAAGUUACUACACUCCAGACUAAAACAACAAAAACACGAUUCUUCGCCAGUUUAGUCUUGUACGCUACACAAGUCCUUGUGCUCGUAAUGUUGACAUAUUCAACUGUUCUGAAGAAUUAUUACGCUUGCGAGGUGACACAAUAACUGUAAAAACUCUUAUUUGUCUCUGGUGGCGAUUGUUCUGUACUUAUAGUUAAUUAAUAGUUUUUGUUUAAAAAAUCUGUCAACGCUUAAUAUAAUGGGUACUAGUUAUGACAAAAAAGUAUACUUGUGUAAUAUUUAUCACUUUAUUUGAAAAGACAAUACUAAUACAAACAUGUUUUAACCUGUUACUAAUCGCUUUCAAAAGCUUAUAUUUUCGUGGCUCGUGCUGCACAUGCCCAGUAAGAAUUAUAAUCGCCUGCUUGAAAGUGUAUACAAAUACUCAGUUUGUUUGGACCUUGUUAAUAUUAUAAAAACUACAACAACAAUUAAAAUACCCAAAUUAAUUUUCUGCCACUUAUCAAAGUUUUUGUUUUCUUAUGCAAAUCAAUGUGUACAACGUUCUAAUCUGUAUUAACAUUUAGUGAAAUGGAAAUCGCGAAAAUUAUCUUAGAAAAUGACACUCUUGGCACCCUUCGUUUUUUGUUUAUAAUAAGUAAUUCGUAUAAUGCUAUUUACAUAGAAUGGCACUUUUUUAUCACCAAAAGUCUGAAUUUUGUUUUAAAGAAAACAAGCAUGAAGGUCAUUCUAUUAUUGAAUAUGCCAUACCUUUCCUGAAUUAGAUGUAUUUCAGUAACCUUGGGCACGAGCAAACCAAGCAUUGAAGAUUGUAAAGAUUCGCAAGUUUUCGGCAUUGUUUAUUAUUAUCAUUGAAACAUAUCUCGUCAAGUGUUUGCUUGUCUAUGAAUAUGGUGUUUGGAUUGUUCUCUACUCUACACAUUACCUAUAUACAUAUAUUAGGUUACUUAUGGCGCGUAAAAAUAUUUCAAACACCACAGUAGUUUCACCUAUUGUAAUAGUUUGGCCCGAAC